GACGCGGGGUGGUGACUGGCUCCCGUGUCUGAGGGGCUCCUGCUUGUCAGGUUCUAGAUAUGUGCUGACUAGAAGGCUUACUUGCGCAGUGUGGAGGAUAAGACAGUGCCUUACAAAAAUGGGGUUUGGGAGUGACCUGAAGAAUUCACAUGAAGCUGUGUUAAAAUUGCAAGACUGGGAAUUACGGUUACUGGAAACAGUGAAGAAAUUUAUGGCCCUAAGGAUAAAAAGUGACAAAGAAUAUGCAUCUACUUUACAGAACCUUUGUAAUCAAGUUGAUAAGGAAAGUACUGUCCAAAUGAAUUAUGUCAGCAAUGUAUCCAAGUCAUGGUUACUUAUGAUUCAGCAGACGGAACAACUUAGUAGAAUAAUGAAGACACAUGCAGAGGACCUAAAUUCUGGACCCUUACACAGGGUCACCAUGAUGAUCAAAGACAAGCAGCAGGUGAAGAAAAGUUACAUAGGUGUUCAUCAGCAGAUAGAGGCCGAGAUGAUCAAGGUUACAAAGACAGAAUUAGAGAAAUUAAAAUCCAGCUAUAGACAAUUAAUAAAAGAAAUGAAUUCUGCCAAAGAGAAAUAUAAAGAAGCUUUAGCUAAAGGGAAAGAAACUGAAAAGGCCAAGGAACGUUACGACAAAGCCACAAUGAAACUUCAUACGUUGCACAAUCAGUAUGUAUUGGCAUUAAAAGGGGCCCAGCUUCAUCAGAAUCAGUAUUAUGAUACCACACUUCCUCUGCUCCUGGACUCCUUACAAAAGAUGCAAGAAGAAAUGAUAAAAGCACUAAAAGGUAUAUUUGAUGAAUACAGCCAGAUAACUAGUCUUGUUACAGAAGAAAUUGUGAAUGUGCAUAAAGAGAUUCAAAUGUCGGUGGAGCAGAUAGACCCUAGCACAGAAUACAAUAAUUUCAUAGAUGUUCACAGAACAUCAGCUGCUAAAGAGCAAGAAAUUGAGUUUGAUACUUCCUUACUAGAAGACAAUGAAAAUCUUCAGGCAAAUGAGAUUAUGUGGAAUAACUUAACAGCAGAAAGCUUACAAUCAAUGUUGAAAACUUUAGCAGACGAACUUACACAAACACAGCAGAUGCUUUUAAAAAAGGAGGAGGCUGUCCUGGAGCUAGAGAAGAGAAUUGAGGAAUCUUCUAAGACCUAUGAAAAGAAAUCUGAUAUUGUGCUUCUGAUAAGCCAAAAACAGACACUUGAAGAGCUGAAACAGUCAGUGCAGCAACUGAGGUGCACUGAGGCAAAGUUUACAGCACAGAAAGAAUUGCUAGAGCAAAAAGUGCAAGAAAAUGAUGGAAAAGAGCCACCUCCAGUAAUAAAUUAUGAAGAAGAUGCACGAUCAGUUACAUCUAUGGAAAGAAAGGAGAGGCUAUCCAAAUUUGACUCUAUUCGUCAUUCAAUUGCUGGAAUAAUUAGGUCUCCAAAAUCUGCAUUGGGCUCUUCAACAUUUUGUGAUACAAUCCCCACAAGUGAGAAGCCCCUGGCAGAGCAGGACUGGUACCAUGGUGCAAUUCCCAGAAUAGAAGCUCAAGAUCUGUUAAAACAACAAGGAGACUUCUUGGUGCGAGAAAGUCAUGGGAAACCUGGUGAAUAUGUCCUUUCUGUAUAUUCUGAUGGACAAAGGAGACACUUUAUCAUACAAUUUGUUGAUAAUAUGUAUCGAUUUGAAGGCACUGGGUUUUCAAACAUCCCUCAGCUCAUAGAUCAUCACUAUACCACGAAACAGGUCAUCACUAAGAAGUCAGGUGUGGUGCUGCUGAAUCCCAUUCCUAAGGAUAAAAAAUGGGUUCUCAAUCAUGAAGAUGUCACAUUGGGAGAAUUACUGGGCAAGGGAAAUUUUGGUGAAGUAUAUAAGGGCAUAUUAAAGGAUAAAACUGCUGUUGCUGUUAAAACAUGUAAAGAAGAUCUUCCUCAGGAACUGAAAAUAAAAUUUUUACAAGAAGCCAAAAUUCUCAAGCAAUAUGAUCAUCCCAAUAUUGUCAAACUUAUAGGAGUUUGCACACAAAGACAGCCUAUCUACAUCAUUAUGGAAUUGAUUCCAGGAGGUGAUUUUCUCUCCUUCCUGAGAAAGAAGAAGGAUGAAAUAAAACUGAAACAAUUAGUGAAAUUUUCAUUAGAUGCUGCUUCUGGUAUGUCGUAUCUUGAGAGCAAAAAUUGUAUACACAGGGAUCUUGCUGCAAGAAACUGCCUGGUAGGUGAAAAUAAUGUUCUGAAAAUCAGUGACUUUGGAAUGUCGCGUCAAGAGGAUGGUGGAGUAUAUUCAUCUUCUGGCUUAAAACAGAUUCCCAUUAAAUGGACAGCACCAGAAGCUCUGAAUUAUGGGAGAUACAGUUCGGAGAGUGACGUGUGGAGCUUCGGCAUCCUUCUCUGGGAGACCUUCAGCUUAGGGGUCUGCCCGUACCCUGGAAUGACAAAUCAGCAGGCACGUGAGCAAGUGGAAAGAGGAUACCGAAUGUCAGCCCCUCAGCACUGUCCAGAGGAUAUCUUUAAAAUUAUGAUGAAGUGUUGGGAUUACAAGCCUGAAAACCGCCCCAAGUUCAGUGAACUUCAGAAAGAGCUCACUGCCAUCAAGAAGAAAAUCACAUAGUGAUGAAACAGUGCCCAACAACCGUCAGGACUCAGUCCUCCAGCAAAGUCACAUCGUUCUUCUCAUUAACACCGAGUGUAUACUACAGUACCUGCAACAGUCUGCUAAGGUUAUCUUUUCUAUUAACUAUGGUUUUGUUUUUUUUUUCAAAUAUGUGCCACUUAAAAACAAAAAACAAAGGCCAAGGUAAAUGCAUUCAACAAACAGCCCUGCCCUGGGCUUUCUGAGCUUACCGCAGCAACCCUGCCCUCUCAGGCCCCUGUAAAUAGAAAAGCACAGGCUCUAAUGUGAGGGAGAGCAUGUCUAUCUUUUCCACACCAGGACCACUGAUGUUUCUCGAAGCUUUUCUCCUUUGGGAACAGUUCAUGGGCUGCUGUCCUACUCCUAUGCCACAAACCUGACUUAAUCGGUGCUAUGCGCUGCCUUGGAAAUGCCAUGUUUGCAGGACACGUUCCAACCAGCAUUGGCUUUCUGCUCUGCCAAGGCAAGAGUGUGUUUGUAACCGUCAUUUUCAUAUGGGGAAUUAUUUGGCCCUUCCUAGGGUUUUUUUUUCCUUCUUUCUUUCUUGCCAGAAAUGAGUGCAGUGUAAGAAUCAUCACACUCCUGUAUCAUUAGUAAGGCUGUCAUUUCCCUUCUCCUCUGUCUGAGCAUCAGAAAACCAUGCACGAAAUGUCCUCGAAAUAGCACAUGCCUAGAGUUGAGGCGGCAGCUUUUCAAGGAUGGUUUAGAGAGCUGUGACAGCAAGACAUUUGAACAGGAGGGUGGUCUGGAGAAAAAGAGCAGCGAGAGCAGUGAUCACAGAAGAGAAAGAACGUAUCAUUUUAUAUCUGAGUUACGCCUUUACAAACACACAUCCUUUUUUAUUUUAUGGUCUGAAUUCACAAAACAGGUUCUCAAAAACGUUUCUCAGGAGUUCAUAGAUAAAGCCCUUCUUAAUGGCAACAAACUAAUGUUUUUAGAGAAACUACAAAGCACAAGUUCACACAACUAACACCAUGCUUUUGGUGAAGUACCUUCACAGCAGAGGAGGCAUCCCAGAAUUCAAUUCCCUUCAUUUGUACAAGUUUGCAGAGUUGUCAGAAUUUUGUGAUCCUAGUUCAGAUACACAUUCAUGUGUGUACACACGUACAUACGUACACACACACACAACCACGAAGCAAGGCCGGGUGAAGGGAGCAAAUGGUUAAAGAAGACAAAUGAGCAGUAUUGAGGAAAGCCCUCUUAUUUCCACUUUCCCCCGUCAUUUACCCUUACACUGCUACCUGGACAUUUUUAUCAUGAGCUAGCAGGUAUGCACAGUUCUGGAGAUGCUUCAAAUGAAUCUGUAACACAGAGUUAAACCUAGGAUUCUGUUGAGAUAAAUCUUAGCUGCAUCCAGGGAACUUACUCCAUGUAUAUAGUUGCCUCUCAGGAUAAAUGUGUGUGAUGGUCAUGCUCAGGGGUAAAUGUGGCUUGGGAGCUUUUAGUGGUUAUUUGGUCUAAGUUUAUUGGAAGAGCUUAUGGGAUAGAAAAUUCCUCCCGCCCUCUCCAACUGUUUGCUGCCUAUAUAAAUAUCAUUGCACAGAACUCACGCCCAAUAGUCUAAAGAGUAGAAAAGGUAAUACUAAAGAGAAAAAUGGCUUGUGUCUAUCAUUUCAACCUCCUUGCAAGUUUUAUACAUAUUUAAUGAUUAACAUCCAGACUAAAAUGAAAGCAUAAUAAAAUUGCCCUCAAAAAUAUAUUGCAAUAUUCAAAGGAAUUGUUUAAAUCAGCAUUGUUUUCCCUUCUGUCAAAUAGUGUAAAUAAAUGGAACCUUCUUUUGAUGGCAUACACUGUGGUAAAUCGGAGCACAGACUCAUGAAUUAAGAUUAAGUGCUGUGGUCUUCAGGCCCUUGCCAGUCUUCAAAAGAAAGAAUAAGAUGGAAAUAAUGACAGAGGAUGGAAAUGUCCCCAAGUGAAUCUAUCCAUACUAUUCAUUGUUUAAAGAAACAGCCUCCCAUCACUUAGCAGCCUCAAUGCUAAGCUCUCAACAGGGAGAGAGAAUGAUGGUUUGGGCUUUAAUUUUGUGAACAAGACCUGAAGCUUAAUCUUUGCAUUCUAGUUUGAGGAAUGAACAUGGCAUUGAUAUUUCAUUCAUCCCGGCUGCUAGAAUUUACAAUUCACAUCAUAACUCUGUACUUAAAUUAAAGAAGCUUUUCAAAACAUCGUGACAUCUGCGGCAUUUAAAUUCUAUUUUAUUCUUUGUCCCAAAGCAGUCAGUGGUGUAGUUCAGGAUUAAUAACUCAUUGGGAGUCUUUCAGGAUAUCAGUUGUACAGAAUAUUAAAUUUAACAUAGGCACAUGCAUCAAGAAAGACUUAGGCGAACCAUUUUUUUUUACUGUUAAUUUUCUUGCAUUUACAGCAUACCUUAUUCAUCCCUUCUGUCACUGAUAAUUAUUGGAACUACGUACUCUAGGAGGCUAAUCCCUACGCACAAAGCACACACAUAAACACUAUUCUGAAUUUGCAGGUUGACGUAGGCAAAGAAGGCUUCAGAAAUGCAAAAAAUCCUAUGACUUAUUUAGUAAGAAAACAGUUGUAACCAAAAUUGCUACUGGUCUGAACGUAAUUAAGCCAGGUUGCAAAUCUUUGUGUUGCUAAUGGGUUUUCCAAGAGUCACAUCUAUCACUCCCAUACAGUUCCUGUCAUAAUUCCUUAAAUUUAUGAAUAUGGAGGGUGUGGGGGGUGAGUCAGCCCAGGCAGGCUGCCUCGCACCUGCAUUUUUCUAUUUUGAAUCACCAAGGAGCCUUUAUGAAAAAUAUUUAGCUAGUUCAUUAUUUUUCAAGGAAAGAAGCCUUUUAAUGUCAAAUUAACAUUUAUUACCAACAUGUGAAACCUAAAAUUAAUUUUUAUUCAAGAAAUCUAAGUUUACUUCCCAAAGCCAAUGUAUUCCUUCUCUUCCAGGAAAGCAAUAAUAAAGGAUUAACAGGUUUUGUUUAAACUUUCAAAACCAGAGGCUCUAUUUCAACCCAUUCUGCCACUAGGUCCCCAGUGAAAGGUCUCAUGUAAUCAUUUCUCUUUUAUCUUCCAAAUUUAAUAUAGGCAAUAAAGUUCUUCAUCCAUAAUUCACAAUUUUAUCACAAACACAAUAUUACUUAAACAUCUUACAAGCAGAUCAGCGUAGACCAUGAGCCAAAUUUUAUUAGCUGUUGUUCAAAACACAUUUCACCAAUGUUUUUCACUUGAGGGUUAUUUUUAAAAGGAAAAAUGUUUAGUCACUGAAAUAGCUUUAAUUUCCCUUAAACCACAAUAUGGCUUUCUUGUCUAUGUUAUACUUAUGUUUCAGUUUUGCCAUGUAGUUUAUAUAAAGUUUGGCUAAUACCACUAAAAUAACUAUGGCUUCACAAUAUCGGUGUGAGACUGUGUCAAGAAGAAAGUAUUUUAAUUAUAAUAUAUGAGUACAUCACACACUGAGGACCCUGCAGUGGGAUAAACAUAAAAAUUAGACUGCUACAAUAUAUGUCUACAUUGUAUGUCACUGUCACUCAGAGUUCUCUCAGCCACUCCACUUCAUAAUUCAUUCUUGUGAGUCAUCAGAUGUUCUGAAAACCUUACAAAAACCUUACUUAGUAUACUCUGGGUACACUAUUUUGUGACCAUGUGUCUUUUGAAGUGAGAUUGAAAUUUUCUGAAAAGAGGAUAUUUACCUCCGCCCUUUUUUUCCUCACAUCCUUCCUUGGUCACAUUGAUAUUUUAGCUGUUUCUCAUCAACAAAAUUGAUUGUCCGUAAGCACAGUUCUGAGUCAUGUAAAGACUGACUUGUAUUUAGGCGAUCAGAGCCCUCACACCAAACAGAGAAUGCAAAAUAAAAAGAGCAACAAAGGGGCAGACAGUUGAAAAAGACACUUUUCUUUAUGUAUUAAUAUGUUAAUUAAAUGGAACAAAGAUUUUUAUAUGAAAAUGAGUUUAUAUUACUUUUCCAUUAUACUAUUAAGUUAGUACAUAAGUUUACCAUGAAAAUAAAGUGUUACCUCUUUUA